AUGGAGGGACUGUCUUACGUCUCGCAAGUCCCGUUCGUGAUCAUUGACCUGGUCAACCUCAGCGAGGUCACGGUCAACGUUGACGAGAAAACAGCCUGGAUCGAAGCAGGCGCAACCACCGGCACUGUAUACUACAGAAUCGCAGAAAAAAGCCAUGUCCUCGCAUUCCUCGGAGCCAUCUGCACUACAGUGGGCGUCAGCGGCCAUUUCAGCGGAGGAGGCUACGGCCCACUGAUGAGAAAGCACGGCCUUGCAGGGGAUAACGUCGUCGACGCGAGAAUCAUCGACGCCAAUGGCAAAAUCCUAGACAGAAAGUCAAUGGGCGAGGAUCUGUUCUGGGCGAUCCGAGGCGGCGGAGGUGCCAGCUUCGGCGUGAUCACUGCCUGGAAGGUACAACUGGUGGAUGUUCCAGUAACAGUCACUGUUUUCUCAGUCAUCAGGCCACUGGACCAGAACUCCACUGAACUGGUCCAACGCUGGCAGUACGUGGCGCCUGAAGCAGACAAAGAUUUAUUCAUCGGAGUCUACCUAUUCAGGGUGAACUCCACCAUCCAAGCUAACUUAUUCUCCCUCUUCCUCGGCCGCGCCGACAGGCUACUUCCAUUGAUGCAAGAAACCUUCCCGGAGUUAGGGUUAGCAAGAGAAGAAGUCAGAGAAAUGAGUUGGGUCCAAUCCACAUUAUUCCUGAACCAAGGUCAACAAGAGCCGCUUGAGGUCUUACUAAACCGGACUCAACCCGGUCUCAGACAGCUCAAAACAAGAUCCGACUACGUGCAAGCCCCCAUGCCAGAAGAAGGAUUCAACGGCAUUGUACGAAUGCUUUCCGAUCCAGAAGCAGAUGAAACCUUAAUAUACAUUGUCCCAUACGGCGGAAGAAUGGACGAGAUACCCGAAUCCGCCACUCCAUUUCCGCACAGAGCCGGAAACUUUUACAUGAUCGCUAGUUUGGUUUACUGGCAAGACAGUGAGGCUCGGGAUACGGAAAGGUACCUGAGUUGGAGCAGAAGGUACAACAGUUACAUGACUCCUUACGUGUUGAGCUCGCCUAGGCAAGCAUACUUCAACUACAGAGAUCUCGAGAUUGGAGUGAAUAACCCUAAUGGAAAGACGAGUUAUGUGGAGGCCAACGUUUGGGGGAAGGCGUAUUACAAGGAUAAUUUCGAGCGUCUUGUUAAGGUCAAAACGGUAAUUGAUCCGACUAAUUUCUUCAAGAAUGAACAGAGCAUUCCGCCGUUGCAUUCUAAGUGGACUUAG